AGCGAGCGAGAGCGGCGACCGAGAUGCCUUGAAGGACAGAAAAAGCAAAGAGCAGGAUAGAAUCUAGAGUGGCGUCUUAAAGCACCGGUUAAACGAAGAGGGACGAAGUUCCAAAAUAAAAGUAGACAAGUCGCGGUCUCUUUCCACGCAUACUUACAUGUGCUCAUACGUCGUAGAAAAAUCGUGGCGCUCUGUCGUCGGAAGGUGUAAUAUGUCGAAAUUGUGAAUGGGACUCUUUUCUCUCUUGUGCUGAACGUGACUGCCUGAGCGACGUUCGAGAGGAGGCUGCACGGCACGUGGAUGACAUGGCCGGCGUCGUGCCACUAUCCGGUAAAUCCGGUAGAAAACAGUGGACACUACAUGAUGGACCGAAAGGCUCUCUUAAGAGGUUGCGGUCUCAAUUGGCUGAGGAUGGUUGUCCAGAUUCUCAAGUUGUUUUGGCUAAACGGUUAUUGGAAGAAUGUUGUGAAUUGGAUAUUGACAAAGAUGAAAACGCAAAACUGGGUGUUUAUUGGUUGACAAAAGCAUCUGAGCAAGGUAAUAUAGAAGCCACUGAUAUUCUUCGAAAGUGCUUGACUACUGGUCAGGGUAUUACGGAACAUAAUUAUUACGAUGUGAAAAGUUGCCUCGAUAUGUCACAAGAUGAGAAACUUGCUAGACGAGCUGCUAGAGAAAUUUUUACAAGUUUAUCAAAUGGUGAAGAAUUCAUUACAAGUGAACAGCUACAAAGAUGUAUGAGAGAUUUGGUAUUUCCUUCUACUACUAAUAAAUCUAGUAGUCACCAAUAUGCUAAUGGUAAAAGCCAUAUGCAAAAUUUUUUAACAAAAAAUAAUUAUGAUGAAGAUUUACCAUCAGAUGAUGAGUCAAAUCAUCAAUUAUACAAAAAUAAAGAAAGAAUGCAUGAUAUAAUACCAGAUUGGACAUCACAGCAAGGUGAGAAAAUAACGGAGGCAGCAAUUGUAUCUGCCGCAGUAUCGUAUGCACAAGGUUCCUUGCCGAUCAUUUCGCGCGUGCUUUGCCUCGUCGAACCUGCACAAAUGGAAUUGGACACAGUGCCACUCUUGCAGCGGCCGUUUGUCCAUCCUUUAGCAUCUUUGAAACGUCUCCACAUUUGGCUCGUGGAAAAUCUUGGUCGACGGGGCUUACCUCUACACAAAUUUUUUAUGAGCUACUUACAUAUAAUAGUGCUGAUACCAUUGUAUGCGUUCCUUGGUGCAGAUAGUAUCAUUCUUUUAGUGCCUCUUACCCUUUAUUAUCUCUCCUACAUUGUUAUGAUAAUGGCUACCUUUCAAGUUCUGCAAAGGAAACGAGAGCUGACCGAUCUCAGAGUAUGGUCUCGUCUCUUCCUCAGUUACUCGACCGGCAGUUUAAAUCCUGAGGAGGCCGAGUAUCAAUAUUGCAGAAACAAUGUCAAGCCGUACGCUCAUUUUUUUGUAGCCCUUUUGAUAAACCUCGUGCUAUUUCCACUCAUAGCUCACCAAUGGACGCCACAGUCGGAAUUUACAGUGAUAGCUUUCAUGCUGACGCUCAUUACUUUAUUCAAUUUUGGCUGGAGAGAAACAAAUGCACGUUAUCCGGAUUUUUUGCCGCUCUUCAGCUUUAGUGUCAACGUACUUGCCAAAUAUCCUUAUGAAAUGGAUUUGGUAGUAGCACAAACUUGGCGGUUUUUAGACAUAAAAGUACCAACUUUCGCCUCCUACGUCGUUGGAAAUGGAAUCGAAUUCUGCUUAAAUUUCCGCGUGAUUUUUUAUUUACUUAUACCUGCGAUUUUUAUUAACAUGGCUGCGAGAGACAAUUGGCGAGGGACUUACAGAACAUUGAUACCGCAUUGCGUGACGCUCAGCUGGUGGCAGAUGGCCGUUUUGAGCUCUCAGAGUGCAACCUGGUAUGGCUUGAUCAGAGGUGCUUUGGCUCUUGUUGGAAUGGUGUUGUUCUUGCCAAUUGUCGGCCUUGCUUCCAUCCUUCUACCUGUUGUUGCCAUGGCCAAAUAUAUGUCGGAUAGUGAUAUGAUCAUGCGUGUACUGCUUACUGGUGUAAUGGGCGGUUUACCAUUUGCGGGUUCAUGGUAUUUAAGGAAAACCAGAGCCCCGAGAAGAUUUAAUUCAUUCAUAACUUGUAUGCAGUUGGCUCUUGGUUUUGCUGCUGGCACCUUCCUCAUAUGGCCAAUGAUUACUAGCUACAAAGACACAUCAGGAAUUGAGACUAGCCCAUUUGAAUUAUCAUCAGAGCUCUCUUGGGAACAAUACCAAAAUUACUGUCAUCAACCAGCAUGGGAAGAAUCAGACUCUAAAGCCCAAAUCCAAGCUGAAUGUGCACAGCUUGAAGGAAUUCCAGUAAUGUGGGAGGGAUACGUGACUAACAUCCGUAUUAAGUCGAUCAAGAACAACUUAUCUCUUCUGCUUGACCAGUUUCCAAAUUUUCUGGCUAACUCACUGCGCUGUACAUUUGGCGAGCCACAUAAAAAUAAUUGUGAUAGGUAUACCAAUGAUCUCCGCAAACUCAAUUGCAAAACUUAUCUAAGUGUUCGCAUGAAAAGGAGCAGAUGCCACGUAACUGCGUGGAACUGGUACGAGUUCGAAAUCACAGUAAAAAUGAAAAACGGCAUUUGGAGCAGCAACGCCCAAAUUACUCUUCUCGGCGAUCAAUCCUUUGCUAACUUCAGUUUGAACAUUUAUCCUGGAGAUAAGAUUUGGUUCUCUGGCAUAUUAUCGAAUAAUGGUCUUGAAAGCGAAUCGCUUUUGGGUGGCUUAAAUCCUCAUGUAAUGUUGGAAGAAGUAGGCUGUCGUGUUUGUCAUACUAUAAAUUUAAAAUCUUAUAAAAGAAAUAAACAAAAGAUCUCUUUAAAUGGUGUUGUCAAAAGCAUUUAUUUAGGCAUUAAAUCUAUCUUGAAUUUUAUUCUUAAUCCCAUCUUAAUAUUUAAAUAA